AUGCUUCGGGCCCAGGCGGGGCCGCUUGUACGCCAGCUGCGAGCGUAUUGCACCGUCUCUGCCUCAGAAGCAGAGAAGGCCAUAGCAAACAAGCUAAAAGCCAGUCUCAAGAGCGUGCAGCAGGUGGAGGUGCAGGACACCAGCGGAGGCUGCGGGGCAAUGUACCGGAUCUCCAUCGUUGCAGAGGACUUCAAGGGCCAGUCCAUCGUAAAACAGCACCAGCUGGUCCACAAGAUUUUGGCGGAAGAUCUGCGGCAGUGGCACGGACUCACCCUGCAAACUAGCGCGCCACCAGCGCAGCAAUAA